AUGAGUGCACAGCGUUUAAUACUUGUUGAUCAGAAGGAUGAGUAUAUUUCUAGAGUACUGGACUACAUAAGUAAGAGUGGAAUUGUUGAAUAUAUUGAAAAUAUAGAAAGUCUAAUAAGUAACAAUGAGUAUGGUGAAUUGUGGGUUGUUGGCUCUCCCGAAUACAUUUCAUAUAUGACUUCAUUUACAUCUUUGCAAUAUAUCUAUAAAGUACUCCGACUCGGAGGAGUCGUGAAAAUUAUAUGUUCGGUGGAUCUUGGUAUACAAGAUAUUAAGAAAAAUGCUUUAUUCUCGGGUUUUAUAAAUAUGAAUAGAACAGAGUCUAAUAUAUUACUUGAGUAUGGAGAUAUCAAAUUAAAUCAGAUAUUAUCAUUUACAAAACCGACAUGGGAGUUAGGUGAAGCUCAUGCAAUAAUAGAUGAUAUAGCCUUUGAACAAACACUCCCAAGUAUGGAGUCUUAUAUACAAUUAGGUAAAGGCAAGGAAAGUUGUUCAAAUAAGAUAAGAGCUUGUAGUAAUUGCACUUGUGGAAGAUCCAAACUUGAAGAAGAAGUUGGAAUUGAGGAAGCAAGGAGAAUCUAUUUAGAAAAAGCCAAAAUAGGUACUGCUAGAUCCAGUUGUGGGAAUUGUUACAAAGGUGAUGCAUUUAGAUGUAGUGGUUGUCCUUAUAGAGGAAUGCCUGCUUUUAAACCUGGUGAAAAGGUCCAGUUAUUAGAUAAAUCCAAAUUUCUAGAUGUAGAUAUAGAUCAAUCUUCAGAAACUGUAAUUGGAAAUAUAGCUUCAGGUGAAAAGAUCAAAUUAGGAUAA